CGCAGGCCGACACACAGCUUCGCCUCGCAAGCACGCGCGCCGCACGCCUUCGGCCACAAUCCCGUCCGUCCAAAGUCGCGGAGCUGCGGUCCGCGCGCGAUUCGGUGCACGCGACUGGAGACUGGCUGCGGCAUCGACUCCGCUCCGACACCCUGGCUGUGCUCGCACUCUCGGCGGACGCACGCGCGCCGAUGCGCCACUCUUCUUUCCUCUCGCCCGCUUAUCUCGUCACACUUCCUUCGAAUGUCUAUCGAGUGAGCGCAAAACUUAGCCCCGCCGUCGAGCAGCAGCAGCAGAAGGAGAGCAGCGCAGAAUCAGCAGGAAGACUUCGCCAAAUUCUAAUCACCGACGCCGUCGCCAACGAGCACAGCAGCCGUUUCACCGCGCACGAGACAACUUGAAGUUGUUAAAACCUAACUCGUUUCUUGUCGUUGUACACCACCUCCUCCCUCCCCCCACAGAUUCAAUUAACCGCGCCGACAUCGUAGGAUGGUAGAAGGUGGAUUCGACUCAAAGCAAAAUCAUAAGGGUGAUGUAAAAGACGAUCGCCGAAACGGCUGCGGUUCAAAGGACCUCGAGCUCGCACGCAUUGGGUCAAAGGGCAAAACCCUAGACCCCGAGAAAGCGCCGGACACAAAGGCCUUCAUCAAGGCUGACUUUGAGCAGGCAAUCGAACUUACCGGCUAUGGCAGGUUCCACUACUUCCUGCUGGCGGUGUGCGGCUUCGUCAGCACGAGCGAGGAGAUGGACGUAAUAUCCAUGAGCUUCAUCCUGCCGUCGGCGCAAUGCGACCUGAAGCUCGACACCCAGGACAAGGGAUGGCUGAACUCCAUCAUCUUCAUCGGGAUGAUGGCCGGGGCGUACGCUUGGGGCUCCGUCGCCGACGCCCUUGGCCGCCGUAAAGUCCUCAUCGCCAUCUCCUUCAUGAACGCGCUGUGCAUCGUCGCCUCUAGCUUCACCCAGUCCUACGAGCUGUUCAUGCUCUUCCGUUUCCUCAACGGCGCCGCCCUCGGCGGCAGUGGACCGGUGAUCUGGUCGUACUUUGCGGAAUUCCAGCCGAAAUCCAAGCGCGGCUCGAUGCUGUCGUUCAUGGCGGCCUUUUGGACCCUGGGCAAUCUGUUCGUGGCCGGACUCGCCUGGCUGAUCAUCCCGACGGACAUCGGCUACAAGAGCGAGUCGUUCACGUACAACUCGUGGCGAAUCUUCCUGCUGAUCUGCGCUGCUCCGUCGUUCAUCGUGGCGGGGCUGCUGUUGCUGCUGCCCGAAUCCCCCAAGUACCUGCUGUCGCGGGGCAAGUACGACAAGGCGCUGGACAUCUUCCGCGGCAUCUACGCCAGCAACACUGGCAAGCCGCGGGCCAGUUACCCGGUGAAGGAGCUGCUGCUGGACGAGCUGCAGGCGGCCGAGCCGAAGAAGGUCGGCGCGCCCGUGGUGAACAAGUGCAAGCUAAUGCUGAGCAACAUCAUGAACAACAGCCGCCAGUUAUUCGUCUCGCCAAUCCUGCGCUUCACCGUGAUCUCUAUCGUGAUCAACCUGACCUUCCACAUCGGCUACUACGGCCUGAUGAUGUGGUUCCCCGAGCUGUUCAACCGCUUCGACGAGUUCCACCGCGAGUACCCCGAGCGCUCGGCCAGCGUCUGCGAGGUCACGGACUUCGUCGUGAACAAGGGCUCGCAGAGCGAGGCCAACUUCUGCAGCGACAAGAUCGGCGCCUCCGUCUUCAUGGAGUCGCUCAUCACCGUCGCCUCGGCCAUCCCGGCCAACAUCGUCGCCGUACUCGGCAUGGACCGCCUCGGCCGCAAGUUCUUCCUGCUCUUCAGCACGCUGUCGGGAGGAGCCUGCUCGAUCGGACUCUACUUCGUGCGCAACAAGUACCAAAAUGUGAUAGUCUCGGCGUUCUUCAGCGGCGUCAUCAGCUGCGGCAACGCGGCCCUCGACUGCCUCAUCACCGAGGUCUUUCCCACCAACCUACGAGCGACCGGCAUCGCCAUAUCCAUGGUCGCCGCGCGCCUCGGCGGCAUCAUCGGCAAUAUCGUCAUCGCCCAGCUCCUCGACAUGUACUGUCCGGCGCCCACCUUCAUCGUGGCUGCUCUUCUCAUAGGUGGAGGCUUACUCUGCUUAUUCUUACCAAAUACAACUCGCGCGCCACUUUCUUGACAGUGCCUCAAGGAUGACAAAGAGGAGGAUGCCGUCGGACUAGUCGUUCCCCAAAGCCGUGUUCCCAUGAUGCAAGCCGCGGCUCCCUGACCGGAAGAGGAAUCAGUAGACCUUUUCUUUUUCUCUUGUGUUUCUUUAGAUUUAUGUAGAGCAACGACCAAUACGACGCACGCACGCAUUAACUCCAACAUUCUUUUUACAUCUGCGCCGCUUUCUUUUCAAAAUAUGACGACAAUCCCGGCUCCGAAAAUUCGAUGGAGCAAUCGAGUACAUAAAAAAUGAGACAUUUUUUUUUCAACUGCAAAAUAGUACAGACGAUGUUGGAACAACCCAAAUUAUCUCA